CCUGCAGAUAAGACAGUGGCUAGAAGGAGGGAAGGAAGGAAUCUAGCUGUCCUUAACACAAGGUGCUUGGACCACUGAAUCUCUUUUUCCCUACUGUGUUUCUGUGGGCUGAGCCUGUUCUGUUCCUAGGUCUUGGUCCCAGUACAGACUGAAGCAGGGUGAAUGAUGUACGGACUGCUGUGUGAGUCUCUGCAUGACUUCAUCAAGGAGUCGUAUGGAGAUGAUGUGUGGAAACUGGUCAGAGAGAGGGCAGAUGUCAGGCUACACUCCUUUGUCACCCACCAGGUGUACAGUGAGAGUGUCAUCCCGCGUAUUGCUAAGGCAGCAAGCGGAGUGACAGGAACCCCCUACAACGAGCUCAUGAACUCCUGGGGGGUCUAUUUCCUGGGCUUCGUAGGGAAGUACGGUUACGACAGGAUCCUCAAGGUGUUGGGUCGUCAUGUGCGUGACUUUGUGAAUGGGCUGGAUAACCUCCAUGAGUACCUGCGCUUCAGCUACCCCAAGGUCCAGCCCCCUACCUUCUUCUGUCAGGAGGAAUCAGCUACCGGAGUCACCCUCCACUACAGGAGUAAGCGUAAGGGUUACCUGCACUAUGCCAUGGGCCAGUUGAGACAGAUGGGGAAACAGUUCUACGACACAGACAUCCACGUGGAGGUGCUGUCUGAACAACUGGUGGGAGAUUACUCACACGUCACCAUGAGGCUGAACUUUGACAACUCUGCCUACCGUUACAUCAUGAAGGAGGACGAGGAGGAGCAGGAGAUUCUGCCCAUCACCAGCGACUUCUUCUUCGAAGUCUUCCCCUUCAACAUCGUUUUCAGACAGGACAUGGUGGUGCACAACGUGGGCUCUGGCCUGGCCACAGUCUUCCCUGACCUGGAUGGGAAAAAGAUAAAUGAUGCCUUCCUGCUGGCGCGCCCCCUGGUGGAGUUCACCUGGAACAUGAUCAUCUCCCACCCCAACAACCUGUUUGAGAUCAUGUCCAAGGAGCCAGUGAAGAGAGAGAGGAACCUUCAUAACAGAGUCCAGAAUUCGGACUAUGAGAAUGCUAACCGUACAGCUGACGUAGACGUAGAGCUCAUGGCCUUCCAGUCCAUCAUUGGCGAUGACUACAAAGGUCAAGAUCCUUUAGAACGGUGUUUCUCAAUCCUGGUCCCAGGGAUCCAAAGGGAUGGCAACAGUGCUAAUGCUAUGGAGAGCUGGGGUGAUGGCAGUCGCUGUCUGAAACUGAAAGGACAGAUGAGAUACAUGCCUGAGUGGGAGUCCAUCAUCUUUCUGGGAACCCCUGUGAUGGAGAGUCUGAGUGCCAUGUUUAAAACCGGUCUCUAUAUCAACGACCUGAGUAUGCAUGACUCCAGUAGAGACCUGGUACUGGCAGGAACCCAGCAGUCGGAGGAACUCAAGAGAGCUCUCAUACAGGAACAGAAGAAGUCCAGUAAACUGGAGGAGAGUAUGAAGAUGCUAGACUAUGAGAUGAAGAAGACAGAUGAUCUGCUCUACAGGAUGAUCCCUAAACCUGUGGCCAAGAGACUACGCAAGGGAGAGCCUGCCGUCAACACCUGUGAGGUGUUUCCAGACGUGACCAUCCUGUUCAGUGAUGUGGUGGGCUUCACCCGUAUCUGCAGCCACAUCACGCCCAUGCAGGUGGUCUCCAUGCUCAACACCAUGUACACACUCUUCGACACACUCAGCGAGAAGCAUCGUGUCUUCAAGGUUGAGACCAUAGGUGAUGCGUACAUGGUGGUGGCGGGGGCCCCAGAGAAGACUAAAUACCACGCCCACAACAUCUGCGACAUGGCCCUGGACAUGGUGCGCUCCAUAGACCACCUCAAAGACCCCUCCAAUGGCAACAACAUACAGAUCAGAGUGGGGAUCCACUCUGGCAUGGUGGUGGCCGGGGUGGUGGGCCAUAAGAUGCCACGCUACGGUCUUCAUGGCGACACAGUCCACACCGCAUCAGCCAUGGAGAGCAACGGCAAGGAGAUGCACAUCCAGCUCAGCAGCGCCACCUAUGAGCACCUGAAGGGAAGCCACUUCAUAUUCGAGAGGAGAGGCACUAUCACCAUCAAGGGUAAUGUAGAGAUAGAGACAUACUGGCUGAAGGGAAAGAGGGAUAAGGACGGGAAUGCCCAGGCUGCCUGUCCCCAGUUUGAGACCCAGACCAUCAGCAAGGCCAUCAGUAAGGCUACUAUCUCAGCCCCUGAAGCCAGCGGAGACCAAGACAGACUGGUGUUCCCGUCGGUGGCAAGGGAGGAUGAGGAUGAUAUGAAGUCCAUACGUUCCCACCGUAUCAAGAUGGAUAUUUCGGGCCAUCACUCCCUGGUGGAGUCUCUGGAGGAAUGUCGUGCUGAGGAAAUGUCUGUCAGCAAGGUGAGAAGGUCUCACUAUAAGGAUGCCCUCCACCAUAACAACGGUCUACAGGACAGUCACAUUGAGCUGGACUCUCCAGAGUUUGACGUGCAUGAUUCCAUCAUGGCAUCUCCAGACGGCUCCAUUGACUCCCACUGCUCAGAGAAGAGCGCCAUGUGCUCCGUGUCGUGAACCCUUAGUCACCAUGGCGAUAUAGGCCACUUAGGGCGAAGGCUCAAGCUGUGGCUGAUAAUAAUGAAAGUUACACUAUAAUAACUUUAUUGAAAAAAACAUGCUUUUAUAUAUUUGUUUCAUUCGUUACAAAACGCUGAAAGCUCGGGUAACAUUUAACCAUGAACAUUGUUUUAUUACAGAGCGCUGUUGUGCCUUAUUUGUCCAAUGUGUCCAUGUUAUGGCAAUCUAUGUACGAUUAAAGUAGUCCAGGCCAACGUGUGAUAACACCAGAAAUGUUUUAUCUGUAUAAAGAUUAGUCAUAUAUGUUUAAUAAUAUAUUCCUACACAUUGAAUAGAGCACAUAUAGUUACUUUGUAACACAUAGUUACUUCGUAACACAUACUAACUGUAUUCUGCCUUUCACUGUUAGCUCCCGCUGCAUGACUGAGUCCACUCCGCUGUGUCAGCCUUUCUCACGCAUAGCCUACUGCACUAACAGAACAGAACACCAUGUCAACACUGUGGAAAUAAAACAAGGUGACAGCAUAGCUAGAGCAAGUCUAAUGGAGCUUGUUUUCAUUGACAUGCACACAUAUACUGCAUUGGCAUUUGGGUUACAAUAGAGACCACUUACAGGCAAGUCAAUAAAGGUCAAACAUACACUGAG